AUGCUACUUUCCAAGCUCAAUCGGCCCCGUGGGGCAUCGCUCACCCGAGGAGGACCACCUUCGGGUCCCAAUUCUCCCGCUCCAUACCCUGUUAUCGGCUCUCACUCUCCGCCACUCAACCACCCCGUCGACGCGCAAAGUGCUCUGAGCACUAUGAUGAGCCGCCUCAACACCAGACCUCGCAGCGGCUCCGCUGCCAUGUCCUCGACCAGUCAUCAUCACCACCAGGCCAUGGGCGGCGGGCUAGUACGCUCAAGGUCUACCAUGAGCAUGGGCAGCGCGGGAGCCAUGAGCGGCGGUAGGGCAGCGGCGGGCCAUGUGCCGCAGAGAUCCACGAGCUCCCUCCGGGCACUGAAGCUCAGGAGCGUAAUGGAGCAGAGCGAAGAAAGGGUCGCGCCUACGUUUUGA